AUGGCUACAACGGCAAUGCGCAAUCCGCCCGAGAUGUCCAGCGAUGUUUCUCAAUCGCAGACAUCUGGCGACCCAAGGGCCGCUACCAGCACCCCCCGAAGCGCAGGAAAUACGAACAUUAUGAGCCAUGCCGAAUAUCCAAAUUCCGAGCCGGGAACGGAGCAAGGCUCCAUCAAAUCUACAAAAUCUAAAUCCAAAUCAAGGACAAAACCGAGAUCUAGACAAGCCCAGCAAGACCAAUUAUUCUCAGCCGACAGCAACAACUAUACUACAGCAAAUUCUGGUUCUGGGGAACCUUCGAAUUUUACAAAACAAUCAAUUCCACCCCGAGACCUGCCACUAUCUUCGCAUCCACCAGAAAGUGGGGCGACCACUUCAGAAAAUGAGGCACCGGAGCAAGUAUCGAAGACACCCUCAGUUCCAAGUGUACCGUCGCCUUCAAAUCGCUCAAAGGAUAUGCGCUCAUCAUCAUCUUCGCAACAACGCGAUUGGGCCUCGGAUCGCUCGCCUCUACAGAAGCUCGAGGUGGCUCUCACUGGCAUGAGCAAGGAGGAAAAGCGUGCACGAGUCCAGGAAGCUGAGAUGAAGCUUCGAGAGCGUCUGGCCCGUCAAAAAGUCGAAAAAGAACAAGCAGAAGCAGCAGCAGCAAUGGCAGCAGCCUCCGCUCCGAGACCUAGCUCCAAGCAGAGCUCGAAUUCAGACUAUAGACAACCAGCCGGCGCAAGUCGAGACAAGGGACGCAAAAACGGACUCGAAGGCAGUUCCCGGAAUGCCCCACCAAACGCACGACCAGCACAAGGUACUGUGGCACGACACCAACGAGCGGUGUCAAUGGGCCCUCAAUACCCAGAAAUUCAUCACCCCGAAGAAUUCAAGCAUAUGCGUGCUGGGCCUGCCGGGCCUGUCGGGCCACAAGUCGCAAAAAUGGGCACUAUUUCUCGGAAGCCAGUCUCAAUGAGUGGCCCAGCCCCCAAUCCAGGACCCGGAGCACGCAUACAGCACGCCCGAGCAGUUUCUCAAUCAGGGCCUCCAGGUCCUCCCGGUCGCCAGCAGGCUGUUAAGCCCCCGGUUGUGGCGGCGGUUGCCGCGCCUGUCAUUGCAGCUGUUGCCACUGAAGACAGGCUAGAUACACCUCCAACAGUUCGCUCAGCUCAGCAAAGUGUCGAAUCGCACACCAAGCCCAAAAAGCAAACGGUCUCUUUCAACGUGCCACCACCAACACCUCCUCCGAUAUUCGAGUGGCAGAAUGCACAGCCCGCGCGCCUCGGAGCGACAGACUUCGAUUUCCAGAACCUUGACAUGGAUCGAAGUCGAGCGUGGUGGGAAGGUGGGGACAAAGACCGGCGAAAGAGUCGAGCGCUUCCUAAAAACUAUCAGACUCCGGCCCAGAAGUUGACAGGUGAGAUAAGAAGUCGAUGCAAACUAAAGAAAAAUGGAAGCUCACACUCACUAGGGAUCACAUAUCACAAGAAUUUCCAACCAAAGCUUUUCCUUCGCUGUGGACCAUUGUUGAGGUACACUGGAAUCAAGAAAAUCACUGCUGAUGGGCCUCAAGGUGUUAGAGCAAAGGAAGUUUGGCGAGGCUCAAUCAUGAUUGUUUCAAAGGACUCGCGCUCUUCAUAUGAGGUCCCGCCUUCAUUGCGUCUUUUCUCUCAACCAAUGAACCUACUUCCUCCUCCACCAGCAGUGGUCAGUAAUGAGGAUGGUAUGCAGCUUGCGCCUGAAUACAUUGAUCCUAUUGCUGGCCUGAUGAAGGUGGGUCGGGAUGGACGGCCUCUGUAUGUGAAGCCGAUUGACAACAUUGAGGAACAAGUCGAUCUGUGUGCUGUCGAGAAUGACGAUGGUAUCUACGAAUUGAGUCCGAGCGGCAUCGAUGACAGUCAUGGAGGGUAUCAUCAGCCCGUCCCAGCAACUCGUAUCCACCCUGUCGAUGGCGAAACAGUCAAUCUGCACCGGGAUAUCCCCGGCGUCCGUCUUUACGCCGAUGCUGCUAGAGACGUCACAUUCUGGCGAUUUAAUCUAGAAGUCGAGCUUGGCGCAACGCAACAGCGCAUUGCAUACCGCAUCAACCAAGGACCUGCCCUAGGCUUCUGGGUACCGGCUGCUGGACAGCCCAUGAAUAUUAUGUUCCAUAGUGGCAACGGAUUCAGUCCAGCUGUGGAUUCUAAUCGUUUCUGCGGACCCGACCCCCUCUGGCGAGAUGUGCUCAAUGAGCAUCAAACCAAACCAUUCCACGUAAUGAUCGGGGGUGGAGAUCAAAUAUUUAAUGACAGUGUCGUGACAGACUCGCGCCAUUUCCAAGAAUGGAUUAAUAUCAAGAAUCCUGCAGAGCGAUAUGGCAUGCCUUUCACGCCUGAGUUCCGAGCUGAGUUGGAGCACUUUUACUUACAACGCUAUGCCUCCUGGUUCUCGCAGGGUCUUUACUCCCUUGCCAACUCUCAAAUUCCUAUGGUUAACAUGUGGAAUGACCAUGAACUAUUUGAGGGCUAUGGGUCCUACAAUGAAGAUUUCAUGCAGAGCUCGGUUGUCUCAGGCAUGGGCAAAAUUGCGCACAAGUAUUAUCUGUUAUUCCAGCACCAUAGCGUUCCGGAUGAGACUGAGGCAGACGAACCUAGCUGGCUGCUUGGUAUGCACCCUGGCCCUUACAUUCAGCAGAAAAGCCGGAAUCUUUUCAUGUCUCUAGGAAGUGAUGUUGUUCUCUUGGGUCUGGAUUGCCGAACUGAACGAACCAGCACUCAGGUUCUCAGCGAAGGGACCUGCGAUAUGAUCUGGGAUCGAUGCCACAAAGAGAUCAUCCAAGGUGAAACCAAGCAUUUGAUUGUACUGUCAAGUGUGCCUGUCGCAUACCCUCGAAUGGCGAUGCUCAAAAACUACAUGAAUAGUCGAAACACCCUCGGAAAGUCCGGUCGUUUCGGUAGAAUGGUCAAUCGGGCUGGAGGGAGUGUUGAAGUUUUCGAUGACCACUGGGCUGGCAAACAUUUGAAGUCGGAGCGAACAUGGCUGGUAGAAGAUCUGCAAGACCUUGCUGCUGAAAAAUCUGUCCGUGUUACAAUCUUGAGUGGUGAUGUUCAUCUCGCAGCCGUCGGGCAAUUCUACUCAAAUCCCAAGUUGAACGUUGCUAAGGACAAGGAUUAUCGGUACAUGCCGAAUGUUAUUUCAUCCGCUAUUGCGGACAUGCCGGAAACUGAAAUCAUUUCGGAUAUGCUCAACAAACGAAAUACGGUGCAUCACAUCGAUUCCAACACCGAUGAGGACAUCAUUCCUAUUUUUACUCAGGAUGUCGAUGGCAAGCCUCGCAACAACAAGCGCCUGCUGCCCCGCCGAAACUGGUGUUCGAUUAGAGAAUAUCGACCUGGCAUGACACCACCUGAUACUCCCGAGUCUUCCCUCACCCUUCAACCAGUGCCCGGCCCCCGAAAACUUCAACGAACAUUGUCUUUAGGACGUGGCGACAGAGGCAAUAGAGACGAAAGGGACGAAUCGGGUGCAAAGUCCGGUGGUCUCUUUAGAAGACUGUCUGGCCGCAGACCACCACCCUCCCGAACCAUGAGCUUUGGCCAAGAAGGAAACGCAGCCACUCGACGGGCUAGCGUUGAUGUUCCCACUAUUUCUCGUCCUAUGGAAAGCGGAGACAGUUACUUUUCAGGAGCAGUGAACGAACCAAGGCCUGGUCAAUUCCAUCGACGACCAACCAACCUGAGUGAUAAGGCCGCUAAGAAAGCAGCUAAGCAUGGCGACGAUGGCGUGGGAGCCUUCAUAGAUCUUGAGGGAGGUCUGGCUAUAACCUUGCAUAUGGAGAUCAGUCCACAAGAUCCUGCCGGUAUUACCACGACAUACAAGCUCCUCGUGCCUGCUCUGCGAUAUGAGGGCAAUGACAACGAGCCCCCACCCACUCAGGUCGUCAAGGGCUGGCGAAAAUGGUUGCCGCGUCGCAACAAGAAGGCCUUAGACUCGGGAGAACCCGAGGAAGAGGAAGAUGACAUUGACGAUUACGAAGAUGAUGACGACACUAUCAAUAAUACCCGUGCGAAUGCUGCUGCUACUGUCACUACUCAGCCACAGCAGAUGCAGUAUCAGCAUCAACAGCACCACGACGAAUACCCAGGAAGCGAGGACUCGGAGAGUGAGGUACCUCAGCGGCUGCCAUCCGCUGAGCUCGCUUCAUCCCCCGAGGAGGAGUAUGAUGAUGAGGAGGAGGAGGAGGAACAACCACGACGCAAGAAGUGGUUCGGGUUCAAGUGA